AGAAGCAAAAAACAAGUCUUUGCUUGCAAAUGAAGGGAUGUCGUCGGACGUGGUUAACAACAGCAUCAAACACUUUUCUUCGGCCUUGAGCUCUUAAUAACAGAUUGAUCAAUAUAAGAUAUUUAGACGAAAAUCCUCCAUUAUUCUUUAUACUAUUUUUGAAAGCAAAGCGAAGCAAAAUCUUCCCACCUCAAAGCCCUCUCUCUCUCUCUCUCUCUGCCCAGAGAAAAUUCAGAGUUCAGAAGAAUGCAAGUGUCAUCGUCUUCAUCCUCUGUGCUGAUACCAUCACUUCAAUGGAGGGCUCCAUCUCACCAGACAUCAUUUCCUUACUUUCCAUUACAAUCUGCUAACACUUGUAUUAGCAGUUGCUGCUGUGCUCAAUUUCAUCACCACCAUGAUCGCAGCAGAAGCAGCAGCAGCCAAGUCUUCUCUAUCUACCCAAUUCGCCUCAUCAACCCAUCAACCCCUUUCUCCUCUUCUUUCUUUUCUCAAUUCAAAGCUCGUCCCUUUCCCAGCGGCUCAACCGCCAGGAGAAGAAGCAAGCUUCGAAUCGUCUCUGAGGUCUUUGAACGAUUCACAGAGCGGGCAAUCAAAGCCGUCAUCUUUUCCCAAAGAGAGGCCAGAGCCCUUGGCAGAAACAUGGUCUUCCCCCAACAUCUUCUUCUGGGUUUGAUCGCCGAGGAGGAACAGCACCGUCAUCUUCAUCCUACUUCCCAUGGCUUUCUUGGGUCUGGCAUCACCAUUGACCAGGCUCGCGAAGCUGUUCAGAGCAUUUGGCAUCACCGUGGUCAAAGUCAAACUGCUUCUGCUGACCUUGUUCCUAAUGCUAGUCCUGGUCGAGCUGCUUCUGCUACUGAUGUCCCCUUUUCAAUUAGCACGAAGCGGGUGCUUGAGGCUGCGCUUGAGUAUUCAAGAGCCAGAGCUCAUAAUUUCAUUGCACCAGAGCACAUUGCCAUUGGCUUAUUCACUGCUGAUGAUGGCAGUGCUGGUCAGGUCCUUAAAAGACUGGGGGUAGAUGUAAACCAGUUGUUAGCUGAGGCAGCCUCCAGACUUCAAGUAGAGCUUGCCAGAGAUGGUAGAGAACCAUCUGGUGGAUUUCAAAAAACUUUUUCCAAAAAAUCAUCUGCUAAGAUAUCCUCUGAGAAUACAAAAGAGGAAAGUGUUUUGGACCAAUUCUGUGUGGAUCUUACUGCCCGUGCUAGUGAGGGGCUCAUCGAUCCUGUUAUUGGCCGAGAUACUGAAGUGCAGAGAAUUAUUCAGAUACUUUGUCGCAGAUCCAAAAAUAACCCCAUUCUUCUUGGUGAAAGUGGGGUCGGAAAGACGGCCAUUGUUGAAGGACUGGCGAUUAGUAUUGCACAGGCAGAUGUCCCUGCUUUUCUCCUGACAAAACGUGUGAUGUCCUUGGAUAUAGCUCUUUUAAUGGCUGGUUCAAAGGAGAGGGGAGAAUUGGAGGCGCGUGUUACCACAUUGUUAAGUGACAUACAAAAAUCAGGAAACAUUAUUCUUUUUAUUGAUGAAGUACAUACCCUUAUUGAGUCCGGAACAGUUGGACGAGGAAAUAAGGGGUCUGGUCUUGGCAUUGCUAAUCUAAUAAAACCGUCACUUGGGAGGGGUCAAUUACAGUGUAUUGCAGCCACCACUAUAGAUGAAUACAGGAUGCAUCUUGAAAAGGAUAAAGCAUUUGUUCGAAGAUUACAACCUGUGUGGAUUAAUGAACCAAGCCAGGAUGAUGCGGUUAGGAUUCUUUUAGGUCUGCGUGAGAAAUACGAGGCCCAUCACAAUUGCAGAUACGAACCAGAAGCCAUUGAUGCCGCUGUGUAUCUGGCAGCAAGAUAUAUAGCUGAUAGAUAUCUACCUGAUAAAGCUAUUGAUCUCAUUGAUGAGGCGGGAAGUAGAGCUCGAAUGGAAGCUUUUAAGAGGAAAAGAGAACAGCAAAUUGGUAUACUUUCAAAGUCACCGGAUGAUUAUUGGCAAGAAAUUCGAACUGUUCAGGCUAUGCAUGAAGUGGUCCUAGCAAGUGAACUGAAAAAUGGCACUGCCCCUAGUGUGGAUGAUACCAAAGAACCUAUGCUAGACUCCUUUUCAUCAUCCACAGCAGACAAUGAACCUACAGUGGUGAGAUCAGAUGAUAUAGCAGCAGUUGCCUCACUAUGGUCAGGAAUCCCUCUUCAGCAGCUCACUGCUGAUGACAGAAUGCUUCUGGUGGGUCUUGAUGAGAGGCUUAGGAAGCGGAUUGUUGGUCAAGAAGAGGCUGUUGAUGCCAUUUCUCGAGCUGUUAAGAGAUCCCGCGUUGGACUGAAGGAUCCUAACAGACCCAUUGCAGCACUGCUCUUUUGUGGUCCUACUGGGGUUGGCAAAACUGAAUUAACAAAAGCUUUGGCUGCAUGUUAUUUUGGAUCGGAAGAAGCCAUGCUACGGUUUGACAUGAGUGAAUAUAUGGAGCGGCAUUCUGUCAGCAAAUUAAUAGGGUCACCCCCAGGUUAUGUUGGCUAUGGAGAAGGAGGCACUCUGACUGAAGCUAUUAGAAGGCGACCUUUUACAGUGGUUGUGCUUGAUGAAAUAGAGAAAGCCCAUCCAGAUAUCUUCAACAUCCUUCUCCAAAUGUUUGAAGAUGGCCACCUCACUGAUGCUCAGGGACGGAGAGUAUCAUUUAAAAAUGCAUUGGUAGUGAUGACGUCCAAUGUGGGAUCUACUGUCAUUGCGAAGGGUAGACAGAGCUCCAUUGGUUUCUUGCUUGCAGAUGAUGAGGUAACUUCUUAUGCUGGAAUAAAAGCAACAGUAAUGGAAGAACUCAAGACAUAUUUUCGUCCAGAGUUGCUGAACAGGAUAGAUGAAGUAGUUGUAUUCCAUCCCCUUCAAAAGGCUCAGAUGCUCGAGAUUGUAAAUUUGAUGCUACAAGAGGUGAAGCAAAGGCUAAUGUCUCUGGGAAUGGGAUUGGAGGUGUCUCAAUCAGUGAAGGACCUCAUAUGUGAGCAAGGCUAUGACAGGUUUUAUGGUGCCCGUCCUCUUAGGAGGGCAAUUACAUCAAUAAUUGAAGAUCCGUUGAGCGAAGCGCUUCUUGCCGGAGGUUACAAGCCUGGUGAGACUGUCAUUAUCGAUUUAGAUGCUACCGGAAACCCUUUUGUAAGAAAUGGAUCAGAGCAGAGUGUCCACAUAUCUAAUACCAGUGUACAAAAUCCAUCUUGUAGUUAAUCCAUAUAAUCUUAUGAUCUUUUCGUAAUAGGCAUGCGCACAAGUUUUAUUGAAGUGCACA